CUGCGCAAGAAUCGAUGAUGUCAUCGAUGGUGCACACGGUUUGAGGAGGAGUGGAAUUUCCUACAAAACAAAAUACUGUUUCACAGUUCUAAAUUGUCUUUGCUGUAUCCGACAAUACUAGGCAACCUGCAACGUAAAACUGGUCAUUUUUCUUUGGCUCGUCAUCCUUCUCAAUGCAUCGGAACACUGCCACAGGCGCUAACCAUGGCCAGCGGCCGACCCAUCCAUUGGAUUCCAGGGUACUACCAGUUUACCAAAGACUGCUAACUCCAUCAAAUGUGUACCCAUACCAAUCACCCCCUCCUCAACAAAAUGGAAUGACUCAGCCUGGACUGUUUCUGAUUGACAAAGGGAGAAAGACCAUAAAGAUAGCCGGUGGCAGUCCAGUGACCAUAAACCAACCUAGUCAAGGUCGACAAAGCCAACCAAAUGCAACACCCCAACCAACAGUACCCAUCACAUCGGAUAGGAGAGUCAGUCUAGCCAAGACCCCGGAGACGCCAAACACUUACAAACUGCUGGUUCAGGUUCUCGGGGACAAAGCCAAGAUAGAGACUCAGAGUAGAGAUCCGUCAGCCCCAACCGCAACAGACUCGAGGCUACAGCCUCAGACCAGUACACAGAGUGUCACCCAAGCUAACGGUCCAGGAAAGUCUACAGAGCCUCGAUAUUCUGCUAUGAACAGUCGGAUGGCGUCUAAAGACAAAAAUCGGAAAUCGUCCUCAGCGUCUGACGAUGUGGGCAAAAGCCGGGAAAAAGCUGUGUUUAUACACACGUACGCUGAGCGCCCCUCUGGUCAUUCAACGGCGCACAAGGGCCGGGCUCACAGCCAGCCGACAAGGAACAGCUCCCCAUCCACGGCUACUUCAUCACAUGGACGCGGUGAUCAAAGGGAACCACAGCAUAAGCCCAACAGGCUGGUUGAUACACCCAAAAGCUCCACCAGGGACCAUUCCGAAUCCAGUGGGAGUAGUAGGAAAAGAACCCAUGAUAGUCGUUCAGCUCAUGUUCCAAGCCCCAAACCAGACACCACAAACCCCACUGGUAAAGCAUUGGACAAGAUUUCAGAGGCGAUAUGGAAAAACUACAUGAACUCCAAGCAGAGCACCCAGCGACUGUACAUGAAGGAGAAUCUACGACAGACGCUGGAAGGAAUUAUUCAAUUAAAAUACCAAGGUACAAUGCUCUUUCUUGUUGGUUCCUCCCUCAAUGGAUUCGCUACCAACAGCAGCGAUACUGAUCUGUGUCUCAUGGUCAGUAGCAAAGAGCUGAACCAGAAGCAUCACGCAACCUACAUUUUGAAUGUGUUACACAACCUCAUAUUGCAGAGAAGCAAUUUUGUUUCUGAAGCUCAAGUUAUCUAUGCCAAAGUUCCAAUCUUGAAGUUUGUGUGUUCAAGCACCUACAGUGGGCUUGAUUGUGACAUAAACAUCAACAAUGCAACCGGUAUCAGGAAUACUCAUCUGCUGCAGAUAUACUCAAAAAUUGACUGGCGAGUGGCUCCGUUGGUGGUUCUCAUCAAGCAGUGGGCAUCUGCUCAAGGCAUCAAUGAUGCGAGUCAGGGAACCCUGUCCAGUUACUCACUGGUACUCAUGGUAAUCAACUACCUUCAAGCCAAAUGCGAGCCAUGUGUUCUGCCUUGCCUACAUCAAUUGCACUCGAGUACCUUCAAUUCCCAUUCCGAUGUUCGGUUCCUGUACGACACCCAUCCCUGCAACCCCCUCCCAAGCUACAUCACAUUCCAAUCGAAGAACACCAAUUCAAUCUGGGACCUUUAUCGGGGCUUCUUUGCAUACUAUGUGGAGGAGUUCAGGUUCCAGACCAAUGUCAUUUGCGUACGACUUGGUAACACCUACCCAUUGGCCAACGCUCCAUACCACAGCAGGGAUUGGGUGGAGAAGUACAUCUACAUCGAAGAGCCCUUCGAUAGGAACAACACCGCCCGCGCUGUCUACAACGACACCAACUUCAGGAGGAUUAUGCGGACGUUUGAGAAGACGCAUCGGAAGCUGAACCUCCUUGGCAAAACCGAUUCAGUGGACCCCGAAGAAGCACUGGACUUCAUAUACGAAUGGUUGCCGAAAGACACGCCCCCUGUGAAGAAGAAAAGGAAAUGAUCGAAGAGAAUCGUAGCUGUCGCAGAAGCUUGUUGACAACAGAAGAAGUUGCACUGCAUCUCAUGGACGCAAAGCGCAGACUCUGUCAGUGCAAACUGCAGUGGGCCCUUGUAAAUGCAGCAGUAGGGUAGGCCAACCGUAAGCAAAUAAGUGGGUAUUAAUGUACCCCAACUUGGCAGGACUGAAAACUUGUCAGAGCCUUUUGCCACAACUUCAUAUGAAAAUCGGCAAGAAUCUGACCCUGGUGUCAGCGGCAGAAUGACAUCUCUUCGCUGUUUAAAAGAAGAACCAUUCUCAUUAUGGAAUUAUUGAUUUGUUGCAAGCAACGACAUGCAUGAAGAUGCAACAGCUUUCCACGACUUUACUUUUGGGCCCGUCUCAAUUCAUAUCCGGGAUGAGUUUGGGACAAGUUACGGACAUUGCAUCGGGUAAAGUGGCAGGAUUCUGAACAACUACCCUGCAAUCUUCCCGCAAUGAAGUUAUCAAUAUCGGUGAGUCAAGCAGUUGCUAAUGAGCAUUUUACCGGAACACAUCUGGGACAAAUGCAGAGCUUCUUCCAGACAAAGUGAAUGAUUCUACCCGCAACUUGUCCGGGAUGUGAAAGAGACAUGCCCUUAUGCACCAAGUCUCGUUUUGAACACUGCUAUGAAAAAGUGGACAGUAGUUAUCUCAAUAUAUUUAGUUGCAUACUUAUAUCUCUUAGAUUCCAUCAUUAUAAUGCAUAUGGGUCAUUCUAUAAACUUAGGGUCCACUUUUUUCCUGUCCCUGUUACAUCUGACAUCUGUGAUUGCAGAAUUCUGAUACACGCUCUUCUUAAUGCAACCUCCUCCAAGAGUGAUUACAAAAUAGCAAACUACCUACCCAACAAAUGAAAAUCCUUUGGAGUCAUUAUUAAUGAUACUUGAAAGGCACAUUACAAGUUCAGAGCUGACAGGGACGGGGAAAAUGUCACACUUUGGACCCCAGGGCCGAGUUCGGGUGGUUGUACUUGACACGGGUAUAAUUGUUCUCGCGCUCAACGGUGGGAACACGACCCACUAACACUGCACUCGGAGCAGGAUCACACACCACCUAUCCGUCAGGGUUUCGCAGGAGCAAUAUACCCAUGUCAAGAACAGACCGCCCGAACUCGACCUAGAUGUAUAGAAUGACCCAUGAUGAGAUGAGAUUGAUGAGAGGCACGACUAAGCAAGAUUAAUGUUUCAACUCCACGCAUAUGUAUAACUUACAAACAUGUAAGUAUUUGAUGAAGCAGUGUUCAUAAUAGGUGAUUUGUUAAGGUUGCCAGAUACUACAUGAUGUCAUUGCCACAGAUGCUAGCCCUGCAACUGCAGGAUUUCAAGCUUUUUAAAAGAAUUGCAAAUAACAUAUUGGUGCCAUGCAUGUCUGUAUACUUGAUAUAUUCCUCAAAUUCCUUGUAAAACUAAUCGUGCCCACCUACAUCCCUGCAUUGUGAAAUAAUUUCAAUUGGUCUGCAGUCAUGCACUUCGUAUUUUUGUUAGUCAAAUCAGAAAAUUCAGAGGACAUUUUCAGGGCAUUGUCGAUAGAAAAUGGAGUUGUCUUGUAAUGAGAUACACAUAAUGGGCCAGUCCAUACAUUUGGGGUCCAAUUUUGUUUGUGUCCCUGUUACAUCUGAUGUCAGAUUUUGUGAAUUCAGGACACAUUCUUUAAUGCCUUCUAUCUCCCAGAGUGAUUAUGUACAGCAAAGUACCUGUCAAACAAAUAAGAAAUAGUUGGAAGUCACUUUUAACGAUACUUGUAUGGCAAAUUACACAGGUCAGGUGUAACAGUAACACAAACAUGUCACCUUUGGACCCCACAUUUCUGGACUGACCCAGCACUGUAGCAAGAUACAUUACUUAUGGCAAAGAAGGAGGAGACUGUUAGCAUUUAGGGGAAAAAAUUCUCACCUCAAGAGGUUUCUCACUUUGACUUGAGGGAUUUUCUUGUUUUGUUUUGUUUUUUCAUUUUUUUUCUUCAGAAUGUCAAUGAAAUCACAGAUUUACCCCUAGAAAUUACACAAGGACAUUUUUCUCAAGCAAACACUCGAUCAGAUUUGUCGAUACCCACAAUAUGAUGAUCCUCUAUAAUUGUUAGCGUAAAAAUUUGAAAACAUUAAGUUAGCAUCACAAAUCAUGAGAAACGUGCAGGUUGAUGGCUUGAGCACUUGCUACUUGCGGCACCCCUUUGUCUAAAGGUUCUCCUCAGAACCAGAUUUAUUGCCUUCUAAUCAGGUAACUUGAACCACAUUCCCCAUUUUGUUGGGUAUUUGUUACAGUGUGAAUAUAGUGUGUUAUAUUAAAUCUUCUGCCCGGACAGAUUUUGAGUUAUCGGU